AUAAAUAUUGAAUCAUUAUGGAGAAUCGAGAUUCCUUCAAAAAUGCACAAAAUUAUUUUGAAACCUGGGCACCAGAGCGACAAAGAAUUCUCAAGGAACUAAGAACCAUAAGAGAUGAAAUUCAACAACAAGCUAGAAUUCAUUCCAUUGGAAACAUCACGUAUUCAAUUUUCGGGAUUAUAGGCGGAAUACUGGGCAUUGCCGGCAUAGCGAUGGCCCCUGUCACUCUAGGGACUUCUCUUAUAUUAACAGCGACCGGGAUUGCCACAGGGGUGACUUCCGGUGUCGCGGGGGUUACUCAUGGGAUAGUCAAAAUUGGAAUAGUGAAAAAACAAUGUAAUCAUGCUAAAGCAAGUUUGGAAAAACAUGACACAACGUGCAAAGAAAUGAAACGAUUGGUUACCUUGCUCCGACAGGAUAUUGACACUAUAAUGAAAGAUAGUAAUACAUUGGAAAUUUCGCAUGUAGGUGAAGGAGUAAGGCGAGCAGGGAGCACUGCAGUACUCGGCAAAGACAUUUUUAAUUUGGUGACAACUUCAAUAGCUGUCGAUGUAUAUCGUAUCACAGGAAACGCAGAUGAAGUUGCAAGGGUGUUGAGUCUUGGGGCAGCAUUAGAUGACAUUGUUCCAUCAGCACUGAAAGAUGUUUCCAAGGGGGUCACCAAACUCUCGACGGAGGCCUUAAGUGCGAUGGCAGCCAUUGGACUCAUAAUUGAUUUAGGAUCCUUAAUUUGGAAUGCAGUCGACUUGUCUAAAAUCCAGCAGGGCCAACUAUGCGCCGAGGCAGAGAAAUUCCAAAAAGUUAUCGAGCAAAUGCAACAUGAGUACGAUGUCUUAAAUGAAUGUUUCUCUUGUCAAAAAUAAUG